AGUAGCCUUUGUCAUACACUUCAAAACACUGAAGACAAAUAAACUUGGGAAAAUAUUCCUCUUUUCAAAAAAAAAAAUAAAAAACCAUAAAUAAUUCGCUGAAAACAAAAAAAAUCCUUUUUUCCAUACACUCUACGCUGAAUCGAAAUUCCAAAUUGCUAAAGAGAACUCCUCGUUGAAUCCAAAUAAUGAAGAAGUUAAUUGGCAGGGCGACAGCCAGUAAAACCCGGGCCAAGUUCGAUGAGGGUAUGAAUCUGGACCAGAUCAUCGCAAAACUGAAGCUGGUGGGGGAUCUGGGAUCCAUGGUUCAAAUCUCCGCCCGGGAUAUCGAAUGGGUGUGUGUGCGGGCGAGAGAAGUGAUGCUGAAUCAGCCAACUUUGCUGGAACUCACGGCUCCCAUCAAUUUACUGGGCGAUAUCCAUGGACAGUACCUCAAUUUGCUGAGGUACUUUGAAUCGAAUGGUUAUCCACCGGAUUCAAAAUAUCUUUUUCUGGGAGAUUACGUUGACCGAGGCAAGCAGUCCAUCGAAACUUUGACCCUUUUGUUGGCCCUCAAGUCGCGCUAUCCAACAAAGUUCUUUUUACUGCGGGGAAACCACGAGUGUGCCAGCCUGAAUCAGUUCUAUGGAUUCUACGACGAGUGCAAGAGGCGAUAUACGGUUAAACUAUGGCGCACAUUUGUCGAUUGCUACAAUUGUAUGCCCCUGGCCGCGAUCAUCGAGGAUAAUAUCUUCUGUUGCCACGGCGGUCUGAGUCCCAGUCUGUUUAGCAUGCAGCAGAUAAGGCAAAUCAAGAGACCCGUUGAAAUUCCGGAAUCGGGACUGGUGUGCGAUAUCCUGUGGUCCGAUCCGGAUAUAAGGAUAAUGGGCUGGGGUCCCAACGAACGGGGUGUGAGUCACACCUUCGGUUCGGAUGUGGUCAGUGCCUUUCUGCACCGCUUCAACCUGAACCUCAUUUGCCGGGGUCAUCAGGUCGUCGAGGACGGCUAUGAGUUCUUCGCCAAGCGCCAGCUGAUUACAAUUUUUUCCGCCCCAAACUAUUGCGGGGAGUUUGAUAAUGCCGGGGCAAUGUUGUGCAUCGAUGAGGAUCUGCUCUGCACCUUUCGGGUUCAGAGGCCAAUCGGUGCAGAGCAUAAGAAAUGAUAUGGGAGUUCAUGAUAUUUGUUCAGGUGUUUAGGGUUUAUAAGGUCUCGUUAAUUCUAACAUUGUUAACUUGUGAGUUUUUAUUAAAUAAUGUAUUAUAAC